CUGUGUAAAAAAAAAGAAUAUUUGUCUCUGAAAGCACAGGCAUUUUCAAUGACAAAUUCUUUUUUGUCAAUGACAAAUUUUACUUUUUCAACGACAACCUAUACUGUCCCUGUUUUAAUUCCAUAAUGAGGGAAAAAUAAAGCCGAGUUAUUCUGCAUUUUGUAGAUGCAUGAGGAAGAUGCGUUAAUCAGCCCUGCUUGUUGUGGAAUGCACUUCCUGGACAACAAACUGUCACAUGAAAUGUUGUAAUCAGGAAGCAACGUUUGUUUGCUGGUAUAAUGUGAGUUUCAGAGCCAGAGAAUCCAGUUUCAGGUGUUUUCUUUAGAUGACAAGGAUCUCAGAGGCGACUUCACCUGCAGGGAAACAUGUCUCACAACAGUGUGACUGACAGCAGGCAGAUGAUGGUGGUGAUAUCCACGGUGGAGGAAUGGUCGUCUCUGAAGUCACUGCUGAAGGAAAGCUCUGGGGAUAAAUGUCGCUUCAGCUCUGUGGGAUCAAACCAAAUCUGUGACGUGACGGUGGAGCAUCACUCCGUCAGUUUGCAUUAUGCAGAUUUAACAGCAGACGUGACGGAAGAGGCCAUGAGCCAGGCCAUGGAGGGCUGCUUCAACUCCUGCAGGGAAGGGAUUGCCAUGUUCCUGCUGCUGAUCCGAGGUGGAUGCUACACCAUGCAGGAGAGGAGGAUGGUGGAGAUCCUGCAGGCCCACUUUGGAGCCGAGGCCUUAAAAUACCUGGUGGUCCUGUCUGUGGAGGACGGGGAGGUUGUGGACACGCUGGACGACGCCCUGCUGGGCUUAAUAAACGCUUGUGACGGCAGAUACUGUCGCUUCAUGUCGGCUGAAGGUCUGCUCGCUCUGCUGGAGAUGGUGGACUUCAUGCUGGCUGAAAACGGGGUGGGCGGGUACACUGAAGAGAUGCUAACGGCAGCUAAGAAGAGGAGCACGGAGGACUCGGCCUUGAACAUGCUGAAGCAGAAGGUUCAGGAGGCCGAGCAGAAGGAGGAGGCCUUCAGGCUGCUGCUUCAACAGCACGAGGAGAGAAGAUCCAGAGAGCUGAAGGAGCUGAAGGCCAAACACGCCGAGGAGAGGAAGAAGGAAGCAGCUGAGGAGAAACACUACGAGACUAAAAGGGAGAGUCUGGAGGAGGCUCUGAUCAGCCACAGGGCCAUACUGCAGCUGCAGAUGAGCAGCACUGAUGGUGAUGAGGCUAAGAAGCUGUCCGUCGUCCUGCUGGGUCUCUCCGGCAGCGGGAAGUCUUCAGCUGUGAAUCUGAUUGUGGACCGGGCAGGUAACCGGUACUCGGUCAGCAGAUCCGGCCACGAGGCGCCUCCGACCACUACGACCUGCGAGAGGAAGGAGGUGUUUGCGGCAGGGAGGCGGCUGAUUCUGGUGGACACGCCGGAGCUGUGGGACGAGGACGGGGUGGAGGACGUGGAGCUGGUGAAGGACUGCCUGGCCCUGGCUCUACCUGGACCCCACGUCUUCCUGCUGGUGCUGCAGGUGGGACGCUUCACCCAGGGGGAGGGCGACAUGCUGGGACGCCUGCAGAGGAUCUUCGGACGGGAGUUUGCGGAACAUGCCGUCAUCCUCUUUGUCCACUUUGAGGCCAAAGCGAGGGAGAAGAUCGACGGCUACGUGGCCGGAGCUCAUCCCGCCCUGCAGGAGCUCGUCAGGAAGUGCGGGAGUCGAUACUACGAGCUGAACGUCGCAAAGUCCCAGAAUGCUUUGAGCUACCCUCAGGUGAAGGAUCUGCUGUCAGGAAUUAACAAACUGGAUGCUUCACACGGAGGACGGUCGUAUGCAGUGAAAAGAUUUUCUGUUCAGGAGCUGCAGGAGAGAAAUAAAGUGAUUGAAGAGAGAAAGGAGGGAGCUCAGGAAGUGAACCUUUUAUUAAGAGAGGAAUAAUUUGCAGCCAGGAGAACAUUGUAUAGAUCAAAUCUUUAUCUUUUUAAGGAACAAUUCCUGCUCAGCCAUCUCGGAUUUACCUGAAAUCUUUACAGCACUCAACUACGGAUAUUUAUAAAGCUAUCUGUGAAAGUUCAGCUUAAUUAAUUUCACUUUCAGCAAGUGAAAUCUGAGGCUGUUUAGACAAUAAUAUCUCAGGAACCUUUCAAAAUAAAAACCUGUAAUUUGCCCUGUUGUUACUCAUCAAGUCAUUGAUUCAGUAUCUUAAAUAUUAAACAAAAAUAUGAAAUUAUCUGUAAUUAUAGUUGAGUUUGAAAUAUGAAUAAAAAGCCUGAGAGAAAAAUCCCAUCUUUAAGUUCUUAUUAAUAAAGAAAAUUGAUACAGCAGCAGUACAAAAGUGUUAUUUUCCAAACCAUAUGCAGCAGCUUGUCACUAUAAUACAAAACAAAUGGAAUAUUUUUAAAUGACAUUGAUGAGAAAUAACAGUGUAAAUUUCAGGAUUUUAUCUUUAAUAGUUCCUGAGAUAUUGUUGUUUAAACAGCCUCAAAUUUCAAACUGCAAAAAAAUGUGCUAAAAGUGGGUCGACAAGCAAAUUAUUGUUAUUUCUCAUAACAUGCAAUAUUGGUCAAAAAGUGCAUUAUUUGUGUGUUGCUUUGUGUUAUUGUGACAAGCAAAUCAGAGAACACUGAUGAUCUGAAAUGGAAUAAUUCAUAUGUAAAACUUGUCAAAAGUAGUAUAAUCUAAUUAAUAUUACCUCUCUGAAGCCUCUAAUGUUCACUUUUGUUGAGAAAUGUGUGAAAUGAGCUACUAUUGCUGGCAUUUUGGAUUAGAUUACCUUUAAAGUCAGAUUUUUUUGCUACUAUUGGUAUGUAACUGUGCUGUCAUGCUUUUAAUGCUGUCAUGCUUUUAGAGUUGUUGCUGUAAAUGAAUAAAAUCUCUUAUAAUUUACAGGAAAUCAGUCCUCAGUUUCCUUUAAAUUGUGUAAAAAAAUUAUCUACAUAAAUGCUUUUUUUUUUUUUUUUUUU